AACCAUUAAAUUAAAUAAUGAGUCUCCAAACCAAUUUCUUAUCUAUUUUGGUUCUCUUGGCUGCAGUUUUUGCAUCUUUGCAUCUCAUAAAUCCAAAUGAACAGUUUCUCAACAUUUUCAAAGACUUCACUAUAACACCCUUCUCAUCAUCAUCAUAUUCAUAUGCAUGUUUGCAACUACCUUAUAUAUGCAUCUUCUUCAGAGGCCAUCAUCAUAAUCAUCAUCAUAACAAGAAACACCCUGAUGAUGAUGAUAGUGGAAAUACUGGUUCCAUUUGUGAUGAUUUUCCACCAGGGAUUCCACCUCCAAGCACCAACACCACUUCUUAUCUAUGUGUUGAUCAAAAAGGUUGCUGCAAUUUCACAACAGUACAAGCAGCAGUUAAUGCAGUUCCAGAUUUAAGCCAAAAAAGAACCAUAAUUUGGAUUAACAAGGGCAUAUACUAUGAGAAAGUAAUGGUCCCAAGAACCAAAGCCAACAUAACAUUUCAAGGACAAGGUUACACUUCAACCGCAAUUGCAUGGAAUGACACGGCAAAGUCAGCAAAUGGCACAUUCUAUAGUGGUUCCGUACAAGUUUUUGCAUCCAACUUCAUUGCCAAGAACAUAAGCUUCAUGAACUUGGCACCAAUGCCAAGUCCUGGGGUUGAAGGAGCACAAGCAGUAGCAAUCAGAAUAUCAGGAGAUCAAGCUGAAUUCAAGGGUUGUGGAUUCUUUGGAGCACAAGACACCCUUCAUGAUGAUAAGGGUCGCCAUUACUUCAGGGAUUGCUAUAUCCAAGGCUCAAUUGAUUUCAUAUUUGGCGAUGGAAGGUCCUUUUACGAGAAUUGUGAAAUAGUUUCUAUAGCGAAUCCAGUGCCACAAGGAUACAGGAGCAUAAAUGGUGCAGUGACAGCUCAUGGAAGAGUAUCCAUGGAUGAUAACACAGGAUUUGUGUUUGUGAACAGCACAAUAGGAGGGAGUGGGAGAAUAUGGUUAGGAAGGGCAUGGAGACCAUACUCACGUGUUGUUUUUGUGUCAACAACAAUGUCAGAUAUCAUUGCCCCUGAAGGUUGGAACGAUUUCAAUGACCCUUCAAGGGAUCAGACCAUAUUCUAUGGAGAGUACAAUUGCUCUGGUCCCGGAGCUAGCAUGGCAAUGAGGGCACCAUAUGUGCAGAGAUUAAACGAUACACAAGCUCUUCCAUUCCUCAACAUAACUUUUAUUGAUGGUGACCAAUGGUUGGAAAAUUACACACAAUUAAUAACCUAAUUACCUACUCUCAUCUUCCCAUUAUUAUUACUUUUUUUUUGUCAUUCAUUCAUACCAUGUCAAUAUAAUAAGAACCCAAUUUGCUUAAACAACCCAUUCAUUUGCUUAUUAUAUCAUCAUAUGUAUAA